AUGAUGACUCUGCUGCAGAUAAAGUCUUUUGCUGCUCUCAUAGAUCAGCUGCCACUGGACGUGGAAGAGUCUGAGAGAAUAGACACAGCAGCAGAGCAAGCAGCAGCAGGCCCGAGCGCAGCAGCAGCAGCAGCAGCAGACGCAGACGCUGCUGCUGCUGCUGCUGCUGCGGCUUCCGCCUGCGGCGCCGCCAGGACACCCCUGCUGCCCCUGGGGCCCCCGCAGCAGGAAGAGGGGCCCCCAGGGUCUUUUGCUGCUUUUGCAAUUCCUGCUGCAGCAGCAGAUAUGUCCAUUAUAUAUCCUUCGGGGGCUUUGCUGCCUCCCGAUGGCUGCAGCCAGCUCUUUGGGGGGCCCCCUGCAGCAGCAGACACAGCAGCAGCAGCAGCAGCAGCAGCAGCGCCGCCGCCCCCGGACGCCGCGUUUCCCCCCGUUCCUCCUUUUGCUGCCAGCAGAAAUGCUGCUGCUGCUGCUGCAAUGCAGCAAGCAGCAGCAGUUGACUUCAGGGACAUUGGGGCCCUCAAUUCGGGGCCCUUUCAUGCUUUUGUGCCUUAUGGAGGGGACGAUGGCGGGGGUUUUGUUGCUGCUGCUGCUGCUGCUGCAGACGCAGCGGCGGGGCCAGCAGCAGCUGCUGCUGCUGCGGCUGCAGCGCAGGGACUCCACGGCGUCCCGCUGCAGCAGCAAAACGUAGACGGCAGCAGCAGCAGCAGCCGCAGCAGCAACAGCUGGCAGCCGUGGGGCACCCCCCAGCACGCGCCCAGCAGCAGCAGAGCGCACUCUGUCUCAAGGCAGCAGCAGCAGCAGCAGCAGCAGCAGCAAAACUCCAGCGCCAGCAUCCACUCGGGCGGCCAAGUCCAGGUCUCCAUCCUUUCCCCAGGCGCAUUCGAGGCCUUCAACGUCUCCCGCGAGCAUAAAAGUCAAGAGCGUCUCUCCUUCAGGCCCCGACCACCUCGUUCUUUGCCUAGAAACUGA